AUGAUGCAACCAGCUUUCUUGCUGUCAUGCCUCUUAUUUCUUGUUUUGGUGUCAAAUCUGUCAACCUCUCGAGCUGCAUCAUCCUCACUUGUGAGAUCCAUUCAACUCGAUGUAGAACCGUACACACUUUCCGAAUGGACUCAAAAUCAAACCCAAACAGCUGACUAUUAUUUGGACAUGAUCGACAAAUUGAAACAACUCAAAUCUCCUAUUCCUCUUCGAUUCGCAAUUCCAAGGUGGUUUGAUGGAAUUUCUCACACUCGGAAUGGUGUGACUAAAAAAUUGAGCGAAUUCGUUCAGGACAGGGGCAAUCUCAUGAUUAUGGAUUAUGUAAAUUCAGGAACACGAGCUGUUCGAGAUGCAUCUACUGAAAUUCAAUACGCUCUAAAAUCUGGUACUAGAGUCGUGGUUGGAAUUGAAACGAUGGAAUUACCAUCUGAACCGACUGCUACUUAUUUUGGAAAAUCUUUUCAAGAAUUGGAAAACGAUUUGAAUUUCAUUGAAAAUACAUUUAAUGGAAAUGCAUCCUAUGAAGGAGUUGCAGUGCAUGAUUACAAGUGGUACAAGAAUUUCACACAAAAUUUCACUCAACCCUUCUCAUCUGUAAAACGAGAUCUCUAUGUGUGGGACAGUGACGUGAUUUUAAAAGAAUCAGCACGACAAGAAUUUCUUUUGACUUGUCCAAGCUUAAGGGAAAGUUGA